AAUAAAACAUAACUGAGCUGUAUUAUAAAGGAGCGAUAGGGAACAUUAUUUUGAAUUUUGUCGUUAUGUUUUGGUUUGUUUUGUAUAAAAUUAGCCAUGAAUGGUAUUUAUAGCAAGAGGAAGAUAAGAAAUAAACGUCGGUUGUCUGUUUUUUGUUGAAAAUGAAGCCGAACGAAGGUAUUAUAAAACAUUUUUAUGCCUUGCGAGUUUAAUAGAGCUCUGAGUCUCUGACCAAACAAAGUGGAAAAAUCGGCGUUGUUUUGUAACGUUUUGGUCAACGCGUUGUUUUUUUAUACUGUAAAUAAAGUCUUGAGUAUUUUUGUGUAUUAAUACUUGAAAUUCAGCCACAAAUAGAGGCAAAAACAUUUUUUGUAGAGCCCGUUAUGUCACAGAUACAGAUAAGCUGAUGAAAUAUUGUAAACAGCGCUGUAACGCUGUUAUAUUGUUAUUUAAUAUGGAAAAUCAUGUUUUCAAUUGUAAACAGUCUUGCUUUUAGUGAAUUGGCAUAUUUGCCAAACCAGGCACGAAAGGUUUUUAUGAUUUCAUAAAAUGCCUGAAUUUCUGAAAGGUUUUUACACAAAACAUCCUUCAAUAAUUAAAUUUCUGUGUGUCAUGUUUACAAUUAUAUAAUGUGUGCUAUUAUGCAAAUUAUUGAAAGUUAUUAAUAUUGAAGAGCGAGCCCCUUGUGUGGUAAAACCAUUAAGAUACAUCAGCAAUGAUACUAAUCAUUAAUAAAUAAUAUUGUUCUUUCCAUCCGAUCUUGAGUGAACAGUCUUUAUAGAUAAAAUAUUGUCUAUCUCGACACAGAAUACUAGGAACCUUGUAGAAGGCCGGCUUCUUGGUUUUGCCUAUGAUUUUGGCAUAACCGUUGCAAUGCUGAUGCCAUGUUCCUAGCCAGUGUGCUUACAAGAGGCAUUGACCCCCCUGAAAGUAUUCAAAAUGGCAGACGCUACAAGGGUGAAAGCCUUUCAUAACCGUAAUGGCUAGGAACAUGGAAACAGCAUUUUGAUGACGAUACAUCCUAGGCAGUGCGGUUAUGAGAGGCAUUCACCCCCUCACCCUGAAAAUAUUCAAAAUGGCAGACGUUCAGGGGGAUGAAUGCAGCCUCUCAUAACCAUAAUGGCUAGGAACAUGGCGACAGCAUUUUGAUGUUUCUUGUAAGCGUUAAAAGAUAAUGACCGAGUCAACCUUCUGUUUGUCUCUAUUCUGUGACCUCGAUCCUCAUAUACUUCACAUUCUCCCCCACACACACACCAUCCAUCUAGUCCCAGUCACCCCCUCCUAAAGACACGUGCAACUAUCAUUGUUUAGGUUAUGAGAUUGGUCAAGAAGAUUUAAUUGCCCAACUAGGAUUGCUUAUUCUCGAAGGUCGAAAACCUAAGGAUGUUAGAAGCAGUUUAAAAGACUGCAUAAAUUAUGAUUAUGAUGGCUUACUUCAUCAUAGAAAGGUUUGCUCACAAAAGUUUCUACAUAUAAUUAAAUCUUAUAGUGUUCAACAGUGGCAAAGCUAGCCAUAGCAUUACUGGUCAUGCUCAAUUUUUUAUUUUUUUGUUUUUACGACAAAACGCAAAAUUGUUUAAAUUAAGGUAACCUAAAACGACUACUGCAGUUUUAAAAUAAAAGGGUCAAGAAUGCAUUUGAAAACUUAUACCUCUUUAGUUCUUACCGACUUUAUAGAGAAAGAAUAGAAUUUGUAUCUAGUGUCAUGUAAUUGAGUUUAAUUAGUGUCACGUUUUGAUAAUAACAGUUUUCCGGUUUUUGUAAAAGCUAAACGGAAACAACCGGUUUGAAAAUAAAACCGAAAAAAAAUGAUAAACCGACCAAUCAAAAUAAUCCAUCCGAUUAACCAUGCAGUCAAAUGUGAGAGAUAGCGGUAGUGGAGUCAAAUCUGAGCCACUCCAUUAUUGCAUGUGAAAAACUACGUAAAAAGAUUGAAAAACUAUUCAAUAGUUUGAGCCUGGCUUGUUUGAUGGGUUAAUAAUAAAAAUGCAUGGGCAGAUAGUGUGGCUAAUCCAUCUUCUUGACAAGGAAAAUCGUCAUGUAUAUGUUACACUGAGCAAUUAGCCUUUUAAGUGGCAAUGUGCCCGGAUGCACCCUGCUUUAUUUUUGUAACAAACUAGACAGCUCACUGAGUUAAGAAAUUCUUAUUUUUUUUAACAAAAGGAGGAUUUCUUAUCCUUCUGGAAAUCAUGUUACUCAAUGUACAUUGAAGUAUGGCUGUACCGUCAGGAAAAGUUUAAUGACAAAGAAGCAAUGAACGGACUCAGUGGUUAUUUGUUGAUUGAACAAUGGGAAAUAAAACUAAACAGGUAAACGUUGCCAAAAAUAACUAGUAAUAAUAUUGGGAACAGGAAAUUUGGUGUGUUUCUCUUUCAAAACGCAAGUUGUCAAAUUAAAAUCACAAAGCUUCAGGAAUAUCUCAUCAAAUAAAUAUCUCAUCAAUUUAACAAAUUUCCUCCGUGGGGGAGGUAUGGAUGUUUUCUGGAAUGACCCAUUAUGACAUUGAAUUUCUAUGUUGCAAGUUAUACCAGUCUCCAAGUGUUAAUUUUAUUGCAUGAAUUGCACACAGGUCCUUUGUGCUCUUUAGGUAAGCACUAUUUUAAUUAAACUCCCACAAGGAAUACAUUGUUUAGCCAAUUAUGAUUUUCCUAUUUUUCUUUAAUAAUCUUGCUUCCUUUGUUUGCUUUCUUGCUUCUGGAUUAAUAUAGAAGUUCAGACAAUGGUUUUCACUGUACAGAAAAGAUGUUGAUUCAAGCUAUUAAAUCUAAGUUGUAUUUCUCACAACUCAGUGCUUGGCUCAGCCUUACCAAAGGAAAAUUUCCAAGACAUACAUAUUUCAGGUUGGUGAAGAACUGUCUGGCACCAUUUGAAUGGUGUUUUUUUUUACAUAAUGAAAAGUAAAUGUAAUUUACUGUCACUUUGUUUGUCGUUUUGAUUAAAUGUCAGUGCUCCCAUUGAUAACAGAUUAGCUUUUUUUUGCCAAAUACUUUACUACCAUAAUUGUGAAUUUUCUUUUCAUUUUCAUUUUCAAGGCUUUGCCAAACGGAAAACAAAACGCCAUUAAAAAGGUUCAUCCGAGCUCCUGACUUCCACCAAUUUCCUCAAGUGAGCCUCACUCCAACUAAAGAAUUAGUUGUUUCCCUUCAUUCCCUGCCUCAUUCCGAUCUACCCUUGGAUUAUCCCAUGUUUUUAUGGGUAUUAACUGAUCUAGCCUCUGGCGAGACACCACAACGCAAAAUUGCUGAAAAGCUACCAUCAGAUUUUGAAGAAGAUUUAGCGUUGAAAGAUGAAUGUUCUUCUUACGAUAUAAGCCAAGGCAAAGACUACUCCGCGAGUCCUUCACACGUUGUGCGAAAAUUGGAGUUUGAAAGUGUUAGUAUGGCUGGGCAGAAAGCAUUGGACAAACAACAGUGUGUGGAAAAAGAUGUUGACAAAACGUCUUCAUUUGAAACUUUUGAAAAUGUCAAUAGGACAAGUUUAGAGCAAUCUAUAUGUUCUACAGAACGGGAAUUGUUAGAGUUUUCUGCAAAGAAUCAGGCCAGUGAAUAUGUCGCCAAAGAAAAGCAGAAUUUGAUUUCCAACAAGAAGGGAAGAAAUGUUUCGUGUGAAAUGUCCAAACAGGAGAACAAGAACCUUUCGCUAACUAAGACACAUUUUAACUUGUCUAGGAACCCAAAAACAUCAACCUCACCACAGCCACAGGACCAUAAAUUGUUUUGUAAGGAAAUGCAGUGCUCUGCAGAGGCGUCCAUUUCGACAGGAUCUUUUGACAAGAAUCCAGAACUAUUAACGUCUUCCGCAAAGUCAUUAGUCCCAAAAAGUGAUGUGAAAAACCAUUUACCAGGUUCUUUUUCUGAAGAAAAAGAAUUCAAUUCUUCUGCCACAGAAGUGCACAGGACUUCUCCCGUAUCAAAAGAACAGAUAUGCGACCAAGGAAUAUACGAAAUAAUGCAAAACUUACGAAAAGACGAGGGCGCGUCUCCCCUUUGCCGAAAAACAGACAGUAAUACACUUGCAUCCGGAACAACAGCACUUGGAUGUCAAAAGAAAUUUAUGUCAAUGGAAAAACGAUGUUUUGAAAAUAGCCGUGAUUCCGAGAUUUUCACAACUGGCUUAAACUCAAAAUGUCGCACUCACGAAAUUUCUAGGAAAUCGUUAUUAACACGCAAUAUCAGUGCUGGAAGCAGCGAGCAUACUACUUUGAAUGCGGAUGUCUUAAAAUGUUCGCACAAAGAAAAAAAAUCAUCCAGCAAGGUUGAUGUUGAUUUAAAAAACUGUAAACAGGGAUAUAGUAACGAUAGAACACUCGACGAUUUCGAGCGAGAUUCACUACAUAGGCAAAGGUCAAAUUCAGAAAGUUCAAACGACAAAGCGUAUUGUAAUUUGCAAGGUGAACAAUUUAUUUCUGCUAAAGAUAGAAAGCUCAAAAAUAUCAAUCAAGUUUCAGUGGAUAGACAAAGGUCAAAUUCAGAAAGUUUAGAGGCCAGAUGUUUAGACCAUACAAUGAAGAAAUCUUGGGGUAUUGAUAAAUACGGGAAUAUUUUACAUCGGACAAAAAACGAGAUAGGAGAUAUUCUUCCUCCUGAAGUAAGACACGUCAUAGAUCAAGAAUACAAGAAGACGUUCAAUGAAAGCUUACGCAAAUGCUGUUUAUCGAGCGAAGGAUGUUGUGAGACGGAACAGGGAGUGUGCAAGAGAAAAGUUGGGAAAACUGAAAAGACGGAGAAGGGGGAGGUGAGAAAUUGCGGGAACUACUGAGUAUUUUAUUUAAAUACAAUACAAUACAAUAGUAAGUCGGGAAAUGAUAAACAUUUUUCAAAAUGUUACCGUUUUUGGGAGGUGAGUAAUAGAAUCUCCACUAUGAGUAAAUGGAAAAGAAUAGGAUUUUCAAAACAAUGAAAAGCCAAUAGCAUCACUGAAUCGUAGUUGGAACUGUGCCAUAGUGCUAUACGCAAAGGGUCCAAUGGCAAUGACGAAGUCACUGUCGAGGCAUGUGAUGUUUGCAAACAUUUCUAGGAAACAUUAUUGGAAACAUUCCAUGUUUACAAAACAGUACAUGUUUUUCCGGGAAUCAAAAAUGCCUGCCAACAUAUUCUGAAACAUUUAUGCCCAGUUUUGCAAACCUUGUUUUCUCAUUUUUAACCUUUGGCCAAGUCAGAAUGUGUAUUAAUAUCAUAGACUCGAAGUGCAGGCUAAUAAAUGUUUAUAAUUUACUAAUUCUGACACUUUACUCUUUCAGGAUAAUGUAUUUAGAGAGCAGAAGUUCACGGCCAUACCUUCACGUAAUUCACGAUAUCACUUCAGACAUGCAUCGACUGGCACUCUCGCUGUCUUUCAUCCGAGGACAGGGCUACCUGUGUCAUCUAGUCCGGUAAUUCACUCGACUCUUGAUUUGUGUGUUGCCUUGGUUUGUGUUUGAAGGACCUAAAAAAAAAAGGAACUAAAAUUUGCAAAGCCUGCAAGGCUGCACUAUGAUCAAAAUCACGUAAACAAUAUUGCAGGUCAGUGUUGCUAGGUGUGGUUAUCCUAACAACAUCUAACCUGACUACAGGCUGGAAACAUCGAAUUAUUUCAAUUUAUUUCAAUUUCAGUUUAUUAAAUUUUAACCAAACAAAAAAUACAAUACAAAAAAACAAUCAACUAUUUAAGAGAGAGGAAAGAGUAUUAAAUACGAGAUGACUUGUGUUGGGAAGUUUGGUAAGGAAACCCAACAAGAAGCUAUAGAAGCUUAUAAAGUGUUGGGCACCUUAAAAUUAUGGGAAACAUUUAUCAAUCAAAUGUUUAACAUGCAGUGAUACAAAAUAGUCAAUUACAGUUUACAACAUUGCAAUAUUAAAUCCAGUUCGCUAGAGGAAAGUAUUUAUAAUGAACAGAUUGAAAAGGUGCUAGCUUCGGAUAUCUAUACUUAACUGAAGAAUUUUGGGUCUUGAUAAAACAUGAAAAAUCGUCUGAUAUUAGUCAUACAAAACGGGAUAUAGCCGAGCAAUCCGGAACUUCGGAUUACCUAAAAAGGUUAAAAUAAGAUCAGAGAGUAGGGCCUUUGAAAUAGAUUUGUGUGCAUUGAAUUGUAAAUAAACACAGAAUUCCGAAAAUCGUGUUUUUAUAUUUUAGGCUCCGUUUAGAAAGACAUCACAAAAACAGACUGUUGAUGAUAUAUGCAGGUGACUGCUAAAAUAGAACGUAUCUUUAAACAUCGUUCAAAGGAAGGACAUUGGCAAUAAAAAAUUAGUUUGUCUCAUUCAAAAGAACUCUUAAAAUUAUAUAUUACACUCUAUUAUCGAAAUAUUUAGACCGAAAUUAAUGAGCUGCCCUCCAUCUUGGACUAAUUCUUGACCUCAUUAACUAUGGUUUUGAUGACGUCAGGAGUUGGGUUAACCAUUUAAAACUUCUCUAAAAUGACCGAGUAACAAUCCAAAAUUGUUUGAAAUGUUUUUAAUCAUUUCUAAAUUUCAGACAGCAACCAGAAACGAAGUUUUGGACCCAUAUUGAUCGCUUACUCUCAAGAUAAGAAAUUAACAUGACCCAUUUCUUGACGUAGCAUGCAUAUCCUCAAUAAUCCAAGAUGGCUUUUUCCGAAGUCGAAAUAUUUUGAAAACUAGACAAGAUAUAAACAAUCUGCAAAAGAGUUUGAUAUAUAGUUUAAGAGUUCUUUCAAAUGAACUAAACUAAUUUUUUAUUGCCAAUGUCCUUCAAUUAGUGCAACACUGUCGAUAAAAUCUGGUUUAUGUUAAAGUAUAUAUAGCUGAACCAUCUAUUUAUUUUUUCUACAGUCCAUCCCGCGAACCGUCCAGUCUCUCUUGUGGCAAUCUUAGUAAAAGUGCACCGACGUUAACCACGCAAAGCUUGCUAGUUAAUUUUGAGGUAAUUUCAUUUUGUGGUUGAACAAUGACAACAGGAGCAACACAACAACAGUAACAGUAACAGUAAUAACAACAACAACAGUAACAACAACAACAGUAACAACAACAGUAACAACAACAACAACAACAACAACAACAGUAACAACAACAACAGUAACAACAACAACAACAAUAACAAUAACAACAGUAACAACAACAACAACAGUAACAACAACAACAACAUUGCAACAACAACAACAACAACAACAUUGCAAAAGCCACAAUGAAAGUAACUAUACAACAAACAAAGAAUAUAGACAUACUGUACUACAGGUGCAUCUGCAGAGCUCAAAAUAACGGCCGGUCAACGGACAAUGACCGGCCAAAAAUGCCUCUUGACUGGUCACAAGUUUCUAAUAGUUUGUUUCACUGUUACUGUAAGCGUAUCAAUGACCGAACAGAUUUUGACCGAGCUAAAGUCAAGUUGACCGGUACUUUUGACUGGAGACCUAUCUCCCGUUAUUUGAAACUAGUCUCCGCACAUGUAGUCAAAAAAUUAAGAAGUUAAGACAAAAAAAGUUAAGACAAAAAAAGUUAAGACAAAAAAAAUACAAAUAUUUUAUUUUUACAUGUAAUGAUUUGCUGCCAAUAAAAGUUUCACUUUUUGAAUCAAAUUUGUACAAAAUGUCAAAGGGAUGCAGUUUCAAAGGCCUUAUAGCUUUCUGAGAUGCACCUGUAUAUUCGAACCUGCGAGGCUCUGCCGUGCAGAGGGCCUAUAUAGUUGCAUUUUUCGCAACAGCUCCUGGUUAAGUCUAAGAAAUGUAUAAAAUUCACACUGGAAAUUUCCACCGACAAAACCCAUCCACAAUAGACCUUUCCCCUUAUAACUAAAAUUUUGAUCUACACAAACAUUUCAUCACAGCAUGAAAGAGCAUCACAAAAUUAGUAAUAUUCCGAAGUUUCGUUGCGAAAUGUUGUAAAAUGCGGAUAAUAUAGCCCUGCGAAAUUUGCAAUUUUCAGUCAUUUUAGAUUACAAACGGGAAAUGGUUACCACUUUUCCAAAUGGUUACCACUUUCCCGUUUGUAAUCUAAAAUGACUGAAAAUUGCAAACUUUGCAAGGCUAUAUUAUCCGCAUUUUACAACAUUUUCAACGAAACUUUGGAAUAUUACUAAUUUUUUUAUGCUCUUUCAAGCUGUGAUGAAAUUUUUGUCUAGACUUGUUGAGUUCAAAUUUUGGUUAAUUGGGGAAUGGUCCAUUAAUUAUAUCAAGUGUAGAUUUCCAGAAACCUGAUAUGGAACUUUAGUUGUAGUUUUUCAUUUUUCAAUUUGUGAACGUUUUAGGAGUCUGUUUUAAACGAUCGGUUGCUUCCAGAUGGCGUUGUCGAGGUACGGUAAAAGACGAUUUUUUGCACCAAGCAAGGUUACGUUCUCUGUUUUAAAUAUAACAUCUAAUAUUUUUCAGGGCUUUACGGCUGAACUUAGUGCGAGUGGUUCAAAGAAAUGUCUCGCCCAUGUCACGCUUCCUGUUCAAGCGUAUUUCUUUAAAUUGUCAGACGACAAUGCACCAUCUCCUUAUAUGGUAUGUGUGGUUUUAAAUGAGAUUACGAGAAACCGAACAUUCUGCUCUUUUUAUUAUUAUCAUGCGAGCAAAUAAAGUAAUAUGAUUGGCUAAUUUACUGCAUGAAUUAUUAAUGAGUUUGAGAUUUUUAUCACACUUGGGUAAAAACCUACCUAAAAUUAUCAUGUUUUGUGAUUGGCUUUCAGAAACAAAAACGAUCAUUGUUCGUGACUCUUUCUGUAGAAAGAUGAUUUCUAUUGUUUUAUUGUCUUUCAUUGUUAUAAUCUACCAACCACGAGCCUGGAUGUACUGAUUUAAAAAACGAACAGGAGUGUUUUAUUAGGUUUAAAGCCACGAGCGCGCAGCGCGAGUAGUGGCUUUAGACCAGCGCCCUGCUUUAGACCUAAUAAAACACGACCUGCGAGUUUUUUAAAUGGCUUCAAAAACGUUUGCAUAAUAAGUCAAAUCUUUAUAUAAAAAUCUUUAUAUAAAAAUCUUUAUAUAGUUUGCAUAACAAUGGUCUUUUGUUAAAGUGUUCUUUAGCUGGUAUAAAGAUGUAUGCACGUGACUAAUUUCUUACUCAAGAUUGGAUAAUUGCUUCAUGAAUUAUUAAUGAGUUUUUGAAAGUAUAGGUAGAUGAUGACCCUCACAUUUAGACAUUCGACAUACAUUCUAUAUUUUCAUCACCUGAGAUUCGUACGAAUUAAAGAAAGUACAUUUAUAUAGGAGGCAUUUGUUGGGGAUCAGGCUGUUAGCCAGGCGACCGUCCUAUGGACGGCCACUUCUGAAUUCGGACGGCUAAAUUUUAAUGGACGGCCAUGGACGGCCUAAGGGAAUAUUUUCUUUAAAUAGCAAUUUACAAGCUUUGUAAUAUUUCUUGAAUACUUCGAAUUGUUGUCAUCUGCUGUUUACUUUCCUUAUGGUGUAUGUUUUCAUACUUUUUCCCCUCGAAAACACAUUGAAUAUGCCAGAACUGAAGUACCGACAAACGCGCCAUGUUUUUGUAACCAUGUUGAUGAUUCUCGCAUGAAGUAUCAAGGAGAAUAAUUUGAAACCGCCGUUUUAAAAAACAGCAAUCGCUUUAUCACUCGAGCGCCACGUGCUUUAGAGUUACAGUUACGGUAAAGAUGGCUAUAAAAUGAGCCAAACGCAUAAAAAAAGGGAAAAAAUAUCGGCGAUUGAUAAAAAAAUAACUAAACACUACACUGCUGUAUUGUGUUCUUCAUUAUAGCAUAUACUGUACAUCGUAGUGAUCAUACGGUUCAUACCAUACGUGUGCUUUUACUAAUUUAAUAACUGAAAUGCGCAUCUAAAAACUAAAAGUAAAAAGGUUCAACGAAUAGAACACCACAAUUCCACAACAACAAAAAAUUGCGGCCACGCCCAAAAACAUGUGACCACGCCCACAAAAUUAUUUUGGACGGCCACUUUUGAAAUCCUGGCUAACACCCUGUUGGGGAUGGACAUGCAUGUCCACCUCCAGCUAGUUAAUUAACCUUCCUUGUGAAUAUAUGAUAGUAGCUUCCAUUGUAAUGCUGUUUUUUUUUCUUCUAGGGUUACAUAUCCUUAGAUGUUCCUGGAUUACCAAAGAAGGGCUAUCAUGUUCCAAGGAAAGGAACCAUUCAGUUGGUACGACAGACAUGAACAUUUUGUUGACGUUUUCUAUGAAAUGUCGCGUCCUUUGGACACAUGCAAUUUUGCUAGACUAAAAAUCAUUCGUAUACAUGUUUUUUCCCAAUCUGUAUAGUUGAUGUUUUCAGAUUCUGUUAUUUUUCUGUCUCGUUUUAGACUCUUUUCAAUCCGAACCAGACUGUGGUUAAAGUGUUUGUGGUCUUGUACGAUUUCUCGGACAUGCAGCCGAAUUUUCAAACAUUUCUACGGCAAAAGACAACAUCGCUGGUCAAGUCAGAUGGUCUUGUCGAUAGGGUAUGCCUUGGAGAAACUUUCUGUUAACGUUUCUAUCGCCGUAUAUAUAAAAUUGUUUUGCUUACUUUAGUCUUUUUUUCAGAUUCAUGAUAAUCUACAUUACCUUAUCCAUUUGAGGUAUGCCAAAAUAACAAAACUGAAUUCAGUUUUAGUUUAGAAUUCAAAAGAAAUUACAGUCAUGACAAUGGAAGUGUUCCUAAAAUAUUCUACUAUGCACUUCACUUACUCACACCAUAGAUAUCUUAUAUACACUAGGUAGUGCAUCUAAUUAUUCUGCAAUUCAAAAAUUGAAGCCGUGAUUGCAGACUCAGGAUCGAUAUUCCCAUGAAAUGAGAAGACUCGUAUGUUUUCUAUUUCUUAAGGAACUUAAACAUUAAGUUAAACCUAUUCCAAAUACAUUUUCAAACUAUUCAAAUGAUGAAAGUUGUUGUUUUUUAAGCAUUUAUUACCUUUGGUUUUCGUGCAAUUAACCGAUCAUAAAGCAACCAGAAAUUUAUAUCAGUAGAGGAAAUUGCAAGUUAUUAGUCAAACGUUUCAAAUCAAUUGGAUGAAUUGGUAUAGAAUAUUUCAGGAACACUUCCGGAAUGUCAAGUCUGUGUGUGUAAUGAUACUCUGACUGGAGAAAUUAUAUUUUAAAAUUUCCCUUCUAGAUUCGCUUCUUCCAAAUCUGGUCGUAUCUACUUGCACACAGACAUUCGUGUGAUAUUUGCUCGGCACCCCCCUGAUCAAGGCCAUCUACGAACGGCAACGAGCGGUCCGACCAAUCCUAAGUAUGUGCCAAGACACGACACGCCGGGGGGAUUUUUAAUUAGUGCCAGAACGUGACGUUUUGAAAGUAUUUAUAUAUAUCGGCAUAUAUUAUAAUAAUUACGAAUAUCAGUAAUAAUCACGAAUACAUUUUAGCAUAGGCUAUUACAAUGUUGUGUGUAUGUAAAUUAACUACGGUCUACAUAUUUUGCCAUUUAUAUCGUGUGAACACAUAUUAUAAUUAUGUUUUAAUUAGAAUUUAUUUAAUUUGUAUAUUAUUUAUAUUGUCGUGAGCAUUUACAUUGUGAAAAUAUAUAAUCUAGUCGGAUAGUUAGCAUGGUCAUAAAAUUAUUUAUCUAGUAGACAUUUCAAUUAAUAUAAUCUCCUUGUAAUUUGGCAUAAUAUACAAUCCUGAAGUUGGAUUGUGCAUAUAAGAUUCACUAUAAUUAUUCAUUGAAAUUAUUUAUCUAGUAGACAUUUCAAUUAAUUUAAUCUCGUUGUAAUCUGCAUAAUAUGCAAUACCCAAGUUCGAUUGUGCCGAUUGUGCAAAUAAGAUUGCAUAAGAUUCAUAGAGGGCACAAAAAUUUUCUUUUUCGCUCUUACUUCUGAAAAAAAUCACAAAUUUUAUAUGCAUAUAUUCGAAAUACCGAUAUUUGUGUAUUUAGCCAAUUUUGCGUUAAUCAUAUUUUUGUAUUUAUUUGUCUUGUUACAAGAAAAG